GUUUGGUUCAACCUUGGGUUUUAUUCCAAGGCAACUGAGGUUGCAAAACUUUGUAGAGUGGUGGAGAUUUUUAACUGAUAUUGAAAAACAAAUGGGUAUUCCUAAUAUGAUAGAACAAUGGGCAAUCAUUUGUUGGAAUGUAUGGAAGGCAAGGAAUAAGAAGUUUUUUGAGCAUGCUGCCUUUAAUCCUGAACAAGUUCUGUUUAAAGCUAAUGCAACGUUUAAGGAUUAUUGCUCAUGUCCUGGUAGAGACUUGCUAGUGCCUCCAAAGCAGAUAAUGAUGAGAAAACAGGUUACCUUUGUUUGGGCUCGUCCUCCACCAGGCUUUCUAAAGAUUAAUGUUGAUGCCUCCUUCAUGCCUAACUCCGGGAUGGCGGCAUUAGCCAUGGUGAGUAGAGAUUCUUACGGGAAGCUUCUUGUUGGAAGAACAUGGAUAUGCUCUGCCAUGUCUCCUCAUAUGGCUGAAGUUAACGCAUUACUGAAGGCUGUACAGUCAGUAGUGGACAUGGGGCUGGAUCGAGUGAUCUUCGAAUCGGAUAAUGAGACAUUGAUUUCAGACGCACAGCAAGAUAGCCAGCCUCUUCCUUGGGAGAUCAACUCUAUCAUACAUAACAUCAGAAGCUUUUGUACUUCUAGGCCAAAUUUCUCCUUUUCUUUUGUCUCUCGUGAAGGAAAUGGAGUGGCAAAUUGGGUUGCACGAUCUGCUCUCAAGGGACAGUUCCCAUAUUAUUGGGCUCAUUGCCCCCAUGAUAUCUUGCUGCAGUUGCUGCUUAAAGAUACUGUAUCUUAAACUCUUAGCUGUAACCUUACUCUUCAUGACAUGCCAAAGUUUCCUGUUUCGUCAAAAACAUGAGAGCAAAUCUUGAUACCAGUUAUGCGCUUUCUUUUAUCCACAUUGAAUUGUUGACUUAAAUUAAAAUAAAAUUAAAAUUUAGAU